AUGGCCGAUACGUCUUGUGGCUGGUCCUUUUCUCCCUCCUCUCGCCUUCUUCCCGCACUGGAUGCAUCCAACGCAACCUUGGAAUCAGCAAAUGGCUCGGGACACGUCUGCAUUCCGAUGUUGGUGUGGUACGACUUCUGUGCGGGGCGAGGGCGAGGGAGGGGUCCACAACUGCUGGGAUGGACGGCGCCGAAUGAGCAAGGAAUGGUCGAUGUUGAACCAACUUUCAGCCAAGGCUCCACCUCGACACAGUAUCAUCAGCCAACGCCCACAAUUCAGGAAGAAUAUGGGUCAUACCAGGAAGAAUAUGGAUCCUACACGAUGCCUAUGACCAUCGACCACGAUUCAUCGUAUCCGCACCCUCCUUUCACCUACAGUACUGCUGGGCCAUCGAACUCGGGUUUUGUCGACCAAGACCCAAUGGCCAACACUCAGCAUAUUUCGUGGGAUGUUGAUGACACGCCCUUUACUCCCGCUCCCUCCCCUCCAGCCAACCUGAUUGACGCGACUCCGACAUAUGAAUUUGGCCUUGUCGAUGGAGGCUACCCAGAGCUUGCGGCUUUUAAACAAAACCCACGUGGCUUUGACGACUCGACUAUGUUUAAUCCGAUCGGUGCCAGUUCAAGCAGCUCCGCUGUCGGUUACGCCGAACACAGCCAAACACCGGACUACCAUUCAGAGAAUUACUUCCCCGUUGAGCAGCAUGCCUUCUCCGAAGCGCCGGGACUCGUUUUACCACCUGGGACGAUACAGGGCGGCGGUGGACCUAUGACAACUUGGGAGCUUUUCCAGGCACCUUCUGAGUCGGACCCCUCAUUCUCUCAACAACAACAACAACAACAACAACAACAACAACAGCCACAACAUCCAUCUAAUGCGACACUCCAACAUCUGUUGGAUUUCUCCGCCCACCUAAGCACACCAGAAGACAAAGGCAGACCCAAGGCUAACAAGAUUGCAUGCCGCGCCUGUCGUCAACUGAAAAUCAGAUGUGAAGCUGCUGCGUCUGGCGGGGACUGCAGAAGGUGCCAAAAGAAUAGCCUCGAAUGCGUGUAUAGUGAAGAUCGAAAACGCGGCGGAUAUCACCCUAGAAUUGGCAUGGGGCGGUUUUGA